UUUAACUCUCUCAACUGCAUGUGAAAGAUCUUAGCUGAAGAUGACUGACAGUGUUAUUUAUUCCAUGUUAGAGUUGCCUACGGCAACCCAAGCCCAGAAUGACUACGGACCACAGCAAAAAUUGUUGCACUAGAAUGGUGACAGGGAAGAAACAGGGAAGAAAAAGUCUCAAGAACACUACAGAUAAUAGUCUCUGUGACUGAGGAUUUGAAGGCAAAAGAGCCAUUUUUACAUAGAGCCCUGAGAGAACAUUAUCUGAGACAGACAGCUGCCUCUUCCAGGCCUUCUAGUUCUUGCCUUGUGGCAAUAGCUUUGGGGCUUCUGACUGCAGUUCUUAUGAGUGUGCUGCUAUACCAGUGGAUCCUGUGCCAGGGCUCCAAGUACUCUACUUGUGCCAGCUGUCCUAGCUGCCCAGACCACUGGAUGAAAUAUGGUAACCAUUGUUAUUAUUUCUCAGUGGAGGAAAAGGACUGGAAUUCUAGUCUGGAAUUCUGCCUAGCCAGAGACUCACACCUCCUUAUGAUAACGGACAAACAGGAAAUGAGCCUGCUCCAAGAUUUCCUCAGUGAGGCCUUUCGCUGGGUUGGUCUGAGGAACAAUUCUGGCUGGAGGUGGGAAGAUGGAUCACCUCUAAACUUCUCAAGGAUUUAUUCUAAUAGCUUGGUGCAGACAUGCGGUGCCCUCAACAAAAAUAGUCUUCAAGCUUCAAGCUGUGAAGUUCCUUUACAGUGGGUGUGUAAGAAGGUCAGACCUUGAUGGAUGACCACUCUGUCCUGACCCUCAGAUCUGUCAUGUAUCCCUAGUAUCCCUAAAAGGAGGGAGCUGGCCACUGGCUGUUGGGAAAGCCAUGAGUAUGUAGUUAGCAAAUACUGAACUUGCUCAGAUAUGGCAUUAGAUGCAAGACAACCUCCUGGGGAUUGAUGCCUAACUGAUGGAUUCUCUUUGAGGCUAUUUAGAUAUUAUGUGAACAGUUUAAAGACCAGAUAUAAGCAAAUUUUUGAAAUAGGUAAGUUUGUUUUGUGUAUUUCUCAGUAUGGCAACUAAUGCUGCCACUCUCAUCCCCAUCCCAACCAUCUCUGUCAAAAAUAUACCUUUUUCAUAUUAUAUUCUGAGCUAAUCUGAUAAAAUCUAUGCCAAUAUAUACUGUUGCCUAUGUAGUAGAUAAGUACGUUAUUGCUGUACUCCUCUAGUACAUUACCGAGCCCUGAUGGUAUAUUUCUAUCCUAACAGUGACUCUUUGCAAAUCAAGCUUUAUUCUAAAGAAUAAACCUAGCUGGCAUGGUUGUGUGUACCUGUAGUCCUAGCUAUUUGGGCAGCUGAGGUGGGAGGGUGGCUUGAGCCCAGGAGUUUGAGGCUGCAGUGAGCUAUGAUUGCACCACUGCACUCCAGCCUGGGAGACAGAGCCAGACUCCAUCUCUAAAAUAAUAAUAAUAAUAAUAAUAAUAAUGUGAGAAUGUAAAUUGUGGGAAGUGAGUGAGGGCAAGGUGGUACUUCCUCCUUCUCAGCUCUUCACACUUAAUGCAAAAAUCCGGUCUUAAUUGAUUUUGUCUUUUUUCUGAGUAUAUAUAGAUGUGGUUGAAUUAACCAAUGUGUGAUUGUAUCUUUUCCAUUCUGUGACUGUUUGACCUGCAUAUUAAUUUCAAGAUAGCAGUCAAUUCGAUAAGGCAUUUUCAUAGAGGAAAGUUUACAGAAAUACUUUAUGUGGUUGGAUCACCAGAUUAUCUUAGGUACUAAGGCCUCAAAAAUAAGAAAAACUUUAUUAUUUCUCCUUAGUAGAGUUUGGACAUACAUAAGGAGAGAAGGUGCAGUAAUGAAAUAGACCAUAAUUCUGUAGUGUUGAUGAUCCUGGAUUGUAAUCUUUUUGUCUUUAUCUUUCAUAGUUUUUUUUUUUUUUUUUAAACACGGACUGUAUCUUAUCUACCACUGUAUCCCAAAUACCUAAGAUAAUGCUUACAUUCAGUGACAAAUAAAUAAAUGGAUGAAUAAAAAAAAA